AUGGGGGUUUUCCGACUUAUCUAUAUCAUCUUGAAUUUCUUGAUAGCACAAUGUCAAGCUCAAGACCUCCUCGCUAGCUUAGAUUACGGAACAUUUCAGGGAACAUAUAAUGCGAGAUACAACAUCAGCUAUUGGCGAAAGAUUCCAUUUGCGGCGCCUCCAGUUGGCGAAAAUCGGUUUCGAGCACCGCAGCCACCAAUUCCGAUUACGAAUGGAACGUAUAAUUCGGAUCAGAGCUAUGACUUUUGUCCUCAGAGAACUGUAAACGGUACAGAAGAUUGUCUCUACCUAGGCCUCUUCUCCCGCCCGUGGACCGCCCCCCAACCCCUCCGCCCAGUCGUAGUAGUCUUCUACGGCGGCGCUUUCAUCCAAGGCGGCGGUUCCUUCAGCAUCCCACCAGCCGGCUACCCAGUUCUCAACGUCUCAACCAGCAACAACUUCAUCUUCGUCUACCCCAACUACCGCGUUAACGCCCUUGGCUUCCUCUCAGGCGCCGAAAUCGCAGCAUCUCCGACUUCAGAUUCUAACACGGGAUUGUUGGAUCAGCAGGCGGUGUUGAGGUGGACGAAUAAGUCUAUUCAGGAAUUCGGAGGUGAUCCGAAGAAUGUUAGUAUUUGGGGUCAGUCGGCUGGGGCGGGGAGUGUGGUUGCGCAGGUUAUUGCGAAUGGAGGGAAAACCGAACCAAAGCUCUUCAAUAAGGCACUUGCUUCUUCUCCUUUUUGGCCGAAGACUUACAAAUACAACUCGCCUGAGACUCAAGCGGUCUACGAUAAUUUCGCAGCUUUAGCAGGAUGUUCUGGUCCGAAUUCAUUAGCUUGUUUGAAAAGCGCUGAUUUACAGACGUUGCGAACUGCUUCUUUGGCUGUAUCAGCAAGUCACACUUAUAACACAACCUCAUAUACCUGGGGACCAGUGAUCGAUGGGGUAUUUUUGACACAGCCGCUAAGUCAAGCUACUAUCAAAGGAGAGGUGAACAUCGACUACGGGUUCAGCGUCUACAACCAACACGAAGGCGAGAAUUUCAUCCCCUCCGGCUUUCAAAACACCAUCUCCAGCGGCACGCCCCCCUUCAACUCCAGCACCACCUCCUUCGAAACCUGGCUCCGCGGAUUUCUCCCCGGCUUUUCACCCCGCAACAUCGGCCGAGUCCUAGAUCUCUACCCCGUGUCCGGCACCGCCGAAGAACUAACCUACAACACGACCUACGUCCGCGCAGGACUGAUAUACCGCGAUGUAGUCUUAACAUGUCCAGCCUACUGGACGGCGCGCGCUGCGAAGAAGAAGAGUUACGUAGCGCAGUAUAUUAUAAGUCCUGCUAAACACGCGAGUGACACUGCUUAUUGGAAUCAAGUAAACGCAGUCCAACAAACACAACCCCUGAUCUACAAAGGUUUCGCCGGGGCAUUCGCAAGUUUCUUCCAGACCGGCGAUCCUAACGCGCAUAAACUGACUGAUGGGUCUGUGCCUGGUGUACCGGAUAAUUGGCGGACUGGGAAGGAGUUUGUGAUUGCGAGUGAGGGGUUUUAUGAGGGGGGGACGGUGGAGUUGGGGACGAGAUGUGGGUUUUGGAGACAGCUUGCUGAUCAGAUUCCGAUAUGA